AUGAAGUGCGCCUUCGGUGUAUCUUCCGGUAAAUUUCUCGGAUUUAUGAUCAGCCAAAGGGGUAUCGAGGCUAAUCCCGAGAAAAUCAAAGCCAUAAUCGAAAUGGAGACACCGAAGACACAGAAGGACAUCCAAAGCCUUACCGGACGUGUCGCUGCCCUGACACGCUUCAUCUCCAAGGCUACCGGCAAAUGCGUGCCGUUCUUCAAAGCUUUGAAAGGGGGCAAACAUCAUAUCGCAUGGACUCCCGAAUGCGACCAGGCAUUUCAAACUUGA